CUUGGCUGCGGCAAAUGCUCGCAGCGCAUGAUAUAUAACAGUGAAUGGACAUCAUGAUUCCGUCAUCUUUGGCACUUCCGUCUCUCACCCACAGCGCCAACUCCCCUACCUCUAGAAGACUGCACUUGCACAUCCACCAUUGCUUCCAGAAUAUUCGGACUCCACCAACAGUGACCAAAAGCCCACCUUAACCGUUUACUUCUGCACCGAAGAUGACCAUCAUAAAGUCGAUCGUGGAAUGCAUUUGGGGACCAUUGGCCAACGUCCAUCAAGUCGAUGCGCACACUUCCGCUGUUGCAUCCGACAUUGUCAACACCCUCCUGACUGGUGAAACUCACGAGACCAUUCAGAAAAAAAUCAGAGAACAAGUCGAUACCAACGGAUGGAGCGAGUCCAUCGCCCAAGCUAUCCUCCAUGGCCUCAACGACGCUAUCAAAGCCGGAGCGGAAAUGGCCGGCCCUGCCGCCGACGCUCUGAUGAAGGCCAAGGAAGCCGCAGUUGAAUUUGCCAAGGACCACCCAGUAUUUGCAACCCUUCUUGCCUUGGGGGUGCUGGCAAUCUUAGCACCGUGGGUGCUCAAAAUCUUGGGAUUCGGAGAAUUGGGACCAAUUGCCGGGUCUUUUGCGGCGAGAUGGCAAACGACAUAUUCUGGCUAUGUGCCUCGUGGUGCGCUUUUUACAUAUUUCCAGCGCCUGGGAAUGAAGUGGCAUUGGGUGGCCCAGAUGAUUAGUGUUAUGCCAUUAUUGGGACUAGGGUUGGUAAGAGGCAAGUCAAAGCUGUAG